GAAAGCGACGCUUCCAUCGCCAAGGUGGCCGGCGUCUCUCUCUCAGGCAAGGUGUCGGUUCUUGAGGAGCAGUUUGAGAGCGCCGGCAUCGACAUCGUGGGUAUUCAGGAGGGCCGUGCCCGCCGUAGUGACAUUGCCAGCGGCACCCAUUACACUCGCUAUAUUGGUGCUGCUGACGAUGAUGGCGACUAUGGGUGCGAGAUCUGGCUCCGCAAGGGGGCCAAUUCAAGCUGCAGGCUCACGAGUUUACGUCCUGCUGCGGAGCGCGACGGCUUCUGGGACCUGGUGCUCCAGAAGGUCGACAUGCUCACCGCCAAGCACCGCCAGGCGCAGCGAUUCGUGCUGCUCGAUGCCAAUGCUCGUUGUGCCGAGUCGCUCCCGCACAUCGGCGCCCACGACGCUGGCGUUGAGAACGACAACGGUGCGGCGAUGCUCGCAUUCCUGGAUCACUGCGGGCUCCGUGCUGACAAUAGCUUCCAUCCGUGCGGAUACACGUGGAGGUCUGGCCACGGUAGGACUCAUCGCAUUGAUUACGUAUGCGCUGAUGUCACCCGACCCCUUAGCGAAGUGCGAGCCUACAUACCCCAAGACGUGACGCUUUCCCUCACCACUGGUGAGGACCAUCGUUGCGUGGUUGCCACCUACACGCUGGACAAACUGCAGCGACAGCCUUCUGGGUCCAAAGCUUUCCGCUUGAGCAAGUGGAAGCUUUCUGACGUUGGCUGCGUCGCGUCUGUCUGUGAGCAGCUUCGCUGGUACCAGCCCCCGCUGCAGGCCACAAUAGACGAGAAGGUCACGCAUUUCGUCGAGGCCGCGCAGCGGGCUGCCCGGCGAGGCUUGGGCCCCAUGCGAGAUUGCCUUCGGAAGACAUGGAUUCGUGGCCCGACCUGGGAGACGAUCAAAGCGCUGAAGUUGUGCCGCUCUCUCGGCUUUCUCGCGGUGCAGCGUCGCAAUUGCGCUCGCCUCGCUCAGGCUUGGCAUGCGUGGAAGGGCCUCUGCCGGCGCUGUUUUACACCUGGCGCCCCUGCCCCAGCACUUGGGUGGGGAGCGGUCGGCAUCCAACCCCGCGCUCGGAGGUGCUACUGGAGCUGGAACAAGUUGUGGGCCAUCACGCAGAGGCUCGGCAUGCAGCUCGGCUUCAUCAUCCACCGACACCUUUCGAGCGACAAGGUCGCAUUCUUGGAGGCGCGUGCUGCCGAGGCUCAGCGCUGCGCCCACGUGCGUGACUGGAGGGGGACGUUCGGCAUUCUGAGGUCCUUCAGCGGCAAAUCAGCGGCUGCGGUGCCCUCCCCCGUCCUCAACAAGAAGGGCGUUCUCACUUUCAGCGAGGAGGAACGACAGAUGCGGUGGCUCGAGCACUUUCAGGACGUCUUCAAAGGAGCCCGCGUCACCGCUGCAGACCUCCAGGCGCUUCCGCAUGACGCGCCGCUCCUGGGUGACCUGUCCAUGACUGUGGAUGACGCGUGCGCCGCGUGGCACCGGCUCGGCGCCAACAAGGGUGUCGGGUGCGAUGGGUUGCCCGCCGAGUUUUGGAAAGCGACCGCUGCCGUUACGGCGCCGGUUGCGACGAUGCUGUACAAUGAGGUGCUUCAGGCGGAGGUCUGGCCGGUGGCGUGGACUGGCGGCAGGCUCCAGGAGGUCUUUAAGCAGAAGGGCAGCCGUGCCAAUUGCGACGAUUACCGCGGCAUUAUUUUAGAAGAUCAUCUGGGCAAAGGGUUGAAGCAACAUCUAUCGCAGCAUGUGUUUCCUCAGUAUGCGGCUCACCAGCCUGACGCUCAACACGGGGCCGUGGGUGGCCGAAGCACUGAUUUCGCGUCGCAUUUGGUCGUCGAGAUCUUGGCAUACGCUGCCCGGACCUCCAUGUGCGUGUUCAUCAUGUUUCUCGAUCUCGUGAAAGCAUUUGACCGCGUCAUCCGUGAGAUCACCUUGGGAUGGCCGGCCGGAGUGUCCGAUGGGGAGGCCUACCUGAUGGGCCUCGGCCUAGGCCGUGACCAGGCGCAGUGGAUUGCAGCAUUCGCGUCCGUGCACGGCCCGCUCCUCGAGAAGUGGGGGGUCUCACCGAAAGUGAUCCGCCUUCUGAAAAACAUGCACGUGCAGUCCUGGUUUUGCGUGGGCGACCUCGAUACUGCCAUCGCGGUGCGUUUGGGGGGAAGGCAGGGCUGUAAGUACGGCGCCUGUCUUUUCAAUUCGACUUUCAGUGUGGCCCUCCAGAUGAUUCACGACCUCGUCGUGGACGCCGGCUUCGCUCUCCAGCUCCCGUGCGAUAGUGCGCCUGUGUGGGCGAAAUCCAGGCCUGCAGAUGGCGCGCCCAUGCAGGAUGUGGUCGACGUCGCAUUUGUCGACGACACGGUUUUAAUGUUGCUGGCUGUGUCCGCCAAGGUGCUGGACCGAUCAAUCGAUGGUCUGUUGGGCGUUGUUCUUCGCUUUUACCGCGUGCUGAAUUUAGAAAUCAAUUUUCAGCUAGGAAAAAUGAAGUAUAGGGGGCAUGGGGCUGUGAAGCACACCCGGGCCAGGCGGCGAGCGCCAGGAGGACCUCUGUGCAUCCAGCUUCCCAGCACCGAUGACGUUUUGCACGUUGUCCCCCUCUAUGAACAUCUAGGUUGCGAGCUUGCAUUGUCGGGCUCGUUGAUUCCUUUGGGGCAGAGUCGCCGCAAGAAGGCCCUGGCCGCGCACGCGCCUCUUGCGAUGAAACUUUUUGGGUCCCAGCAGGUUGAUUACAGCUUGAAGUGCUGGAUGUUCACGACUCUUGUGAUGUCCAGGUUGUUGUUUAACCUGCACAUAUUUGUACCCACUGCUCCAUUUCUUUCUCUCCUCAACGACGUAUAUAUGCGAGGCUACCGCAGGAUGCUUGGGGCCCCUCGUUUUGGCCCCGGCGCCGGGAGCGACCUCAGCUUCCGCAGUGUGCACCGAAUCCCUUCCAUCGAUUGUGCGCUGGCGCGUGCCAGGCUUACCUACCUAGGUCGCCUUGUCCGCGCUCGCCCUCCGUCGCUGUCAGCUGUACUCCGGCAGAGGCCAGAGCGCAACGGCAUGCCGCAGCUUUCCGCGUGGCUCCAGCUGGUGAUUCAGGACCAAAGGCGCCUCCACCAGAGCGUCGCCCUGUGUUCUAACCUGCCCGAUCCCGCAGAGGAUCCAGAGGCGUGGUGCAAGCUCAUAUGCGACGAGCCGCUCAAAUGGAAGCAAUUUGUAGCCCUCCUCCACUUUGAGGAUUCAAUUUGUGACAAAGUUCUACACCAGCGUGUGGAACCCAUCUGUCGACCCUUCGCCUGCUCGGACUGCUCGGUGGCGUCUGCCUCGGAGCGCCAGCUGGCCCAGCAUAGGCACAUCAAGCGCGGUGUGCGAUGCGAGCAGCGUUUCUUCGCACCUGCGUCGGCUACGUGCAUGGUGUGUGGCACGACCUUCGGCGCUCGCCUUGGUCUUAUCGCCCAUUUGUCCGAUAAAAGGCGGACGAAGUGCUGGCACGCCAUGCUGCAGGAGCCUGCAAAGUACCCGAGGCUUAGCAGCAAUGUACGUGCCGAGCUGGACGCGAAAGACCGGGCUGAGCGAACUGCUGCCCAGCGCCUCGGCCACUCCCACGUUCUUGCGAAAGGGGGCUGCACGAGACGCGACGGCACUGCG